GCGGGGUGGUUGGAGCAGACAAAACGCGGUGGGACGGCCCAUGACCCCCCCCAGAGCCGCCGCCGCCGCCCUGAGGGCUCCGCUCGCGGCGGGGCCGCUGCGCCCCGGCUGGGCUGGAGGGACCCGAGGGCCGCUGGUUUGGGUUUCCUAAAGAGGGGAAUUUAACUCAUUGCGCGUUGUGCUUUCAAAUAGGGAUCGGGAAAACUGGUCAUGGUGUGCGUUGUUAACUAUGCUUUUCCCCAGUGUGCUUUGCAGAUCUUAUUGGAGCUUCUCCAAGAGAAGGCAGAGUGGGAAAACCUGAACAAGAUAUUAAUGCGCCAUGGGUUGAAACCUGUGAGUCUUGCUGCCCACCAAAGCUGCUGCAGAGAUACCUCAGAUAUGCUUGUCCUAGACAGUCAGUCUUCUCUAGGAAUAAGACUUGCAUUAAAAACGCUGGUGGAAGACACUGAGCGACAGCAGAAGGUGAUGCAGGGACUUAUGGAGGCAAAUCGAUGUCUUAGAGAUGUGGUACGACUGGAACAGGGUCGGGCAUCUCGGCAAGAGCAACGGGCUAAUGAUUUGGAAAGUGUGGUGAAAAGCAUUAAGGCCAAAAUUUGUCAGCUGGAAGAUGAAACAAUAGCUAAAGCAUGCGAGCAACAGAGCCAAGUCAAGGAACUUCAAAAAGAGCAACAGGCUUCACAGGUAAAAUACCAACAGCAGCAGGAAAAGCUGAAAGAACAGGAAGAGAUUAUUGCCCGCUUGCAGAAGGAGCUGAGCAGAGUUGGGAGGGAGGAGCAGCAGCGAGCUGCCACUCAAAACAAAAUGUUUUGUCACUUUUGCAAAAGAGUUCCCAUGUCUCUCCUGAAUCACCGGUAAGCAAUUCUUUUCUAUUGCUGAACCACCUGUAACAUUGAAUGGAGAGACAGAUUUUAAAGUAAUGCUUCUUGAUAUUUAUACGUGAAAAAACAAUAAUCUGCAGACUUUAAGAUUACAGAAUUAAAUAUAUAUUCUUGAGAAGGUACCUCAGUGCAGUGAUAUUUUUCUUAUGUGAAGUUGUAAGCCAGGUAAAUCCAUGGCAGAAAUUUAAAAAUUGCCACCCAGUGCCCACACUAGAUGUCAGCAAAGGGAAGGGAAUGAUUCACUCUGCUCUGUAGCUGCAGUGUUGGCUAGGAUGAUCUCAUCCUGGGAUUCUAGCAUUUAAAAAUGUAAGUUAAAAAUAAGCAACCCCCCCAGCAAACACCAUCCCUAGCCCCCCAAAAAGGAACCUUGUCAGUUUUGGGAAGUGAUGUUUGCAAGUGCUGACUGCUGCCUUACUGUGAACCUCCAAGUACUUUUGGGUAAGUUCCCAAGGUAUCACAAGGCUGUGUCUCUUGCUGGAGGGAUUUCCACAGCUCUGCUACAAUCAGACAUUUGCCAGUUCCUAGGCCUCAGGUAGCCAUUGCUUUAUUGUGCUGAUAUCACCUGGCUUUCUAGGCCUGGACAGCUUUUAAAAGGCAUUGUGUGUGCUCAGCUGUUGUCUUGAGUCCUCGCUGUAUCAGAGGAAAGAUCACUGAAUUUGGUUCCCUGUCCUCUCUCAUAUGUCCCUCCAAACCAGACAAUCUCAGAGUGCUCAAGACACUUUAUUUUGACUGUGCUUCUCUGUUAAUCUUGCUGGGUAACCACAAGUGUAAGAUGAGGAGGCUAGUGGGCAGACUUAUUUCCCCCCUUGAAUAUUUUGCUACUUCUAAACUAGUACAGAUUCAAUGUGUCUACUUUUCCAUUUUGGCAAAGUGUGACCAUGUUUGUGUAGUGUAAGAGUAACUCCACUGUUUGGAGCAGCCACUUCCAAAGUGCUGACUUGUUCCUCUGGGUUGGUUACAGUAUGAGUUUUGUGAGAAUAUCUGAAAUUCAAAAUUAACAUUUUUCCUUU